UGUCCUAGAAUUGCUUUGUAGACCAGGCUGGCCUUGAACUCACAGAGAUCCACCUGUCUCUGCCUCCCUGAGUGCUGGGAUUAUAGGUCUGUGCCACCACGCCUGGCUCCAAAAGUAAAAAAAAAAAAAAAAAAAAAAAAGCCAGGUAUUGUGGCACAUGCCUUACUUGCUUUUUAAAUAGACAAAGCACAUCUGUUCCAAGACCUCUGCAUCUAUCACUUAUCUGACAGCCUUCCUUUGGAUAUUUACAUAACUUGCUUCCUCAUAUCUUGCAUGUGCAUAUACACAUGUGUUUACCCAUACAUUCUCAGAACUUGAGAGGCAGAAUUCAAGACCAGUGUGUUCUACAUCAUUCCAGUCUAGUCCAGGGUUAAAUAGUGAGACCCUGUCGUUUGUUACAAAAGAUUGAUUUAUUUGGGAUAUGACCAGGAGAUGGCUUGGCAUUUACAGGUACUUGAUGCUCUUUUGGUUUGGUUUGUUUGGUUUUGAUUUUUUUUAGACAGGGUUUCUCUGUGUAGCCUUGGCUGUUCUGAGCUCACUUUGUAGACCAGGCUGGCCUCGAACUCACAGCAGUCUGCCUGCCUCUGCCUCCCUGAGUUCUGGGAUUAAAGGUGUGCACCACUGUGCUUGGCUACUUGAUGCUCUUACAGAGGAUCCAGGUUCGGUUCCUAGCACCACAUAUCGGGCAGCCCAUAGCCUCCAGUAACUAGCUACAAGAAAUCUGACACCCUCUUUAAGCACCUGCACACACAUGCAUGUAUACAUACAGAUGAACACAAACACAGAAAGGGGAGAGUAUCUCAUUUGUAGCAAUUUGGUUACCCCACUUUGAGUACUCUCUGUAGUACUCAGACUGAGAGAGUGGCAGAUGCUGAACUGCACGUGUUGGCAUAGACCUGUGGUUUAAGCUUUUCAAGGGCUGCCUGGCUAGAGAAUGAACUAGAGGGGAAGGAGAGAAAUCCAAGACUCCAGCUAAGGUUGAGUGCAUGAGAAUCCCAACUGUGAGUCAGAAUACUGAAGUACUUGUAGUUGAAGGUGAUAAAUGGUAUGUCGGGGUGGGAUAUGUGUAUGCAGCACACACAGUGAUACACUCUUGUCAUUGGAAGAGCUCUUUGAGAUGAUGGCAUUCAUGGGGAGACUUGAAGGAUAAGAGGAAGCAAGCUAUGUAAAUAUUCAGAAGAGGACUGCCAGAUGAGUGAUAGGUAUAAAGGCCUUGAAGCAGAUGUGUGCUUAUGUGUUUAAGAAGCAAGCAAGGGGGCUGGAGAGAUGGCCCAGAGGUUAAGAGCACUGACUGCUCUUCCGAAGGUCCUGAGUUCAACUCCCAGCAACCACAUGGUGGCUCACAGCCAUCUAUAAUGAGUUCUGGUGCAUAAUAAGAUCUGGUGUAUGCAUAAUAAAUAAAUAAAAUCUUAAAAAAAAAAAAAGCAAGCAAGGGGGUCUGCAUGGCUGGAUCAGAGUAAUCCAGAAAAAGGGUAGAUGAGGUCAGGAAGGAAGGGAAGACAAGCAGAUAACAGGACUUUGCUAUACAUUAGAAGGAUUUUGAGGCUUUACACUGCAACAAAUGGGAAACCACUGUAGGGUCUAGAAUAGAGCAGUGAUACAAAUUGGUGUAGGAUUACCUUUAGCUGCUGUGAGGGAGAGAAUGAGAACAGAACCAGUGUAGAGCCUUUUUCUAUGACCUAGGGGAGAUGUCUGGACCCAUGGCGGUGAAGUUGGUGAGAAUGGCCUCAUUUGGGUAAGUUCAACUUUAGGCAAGUGGCUGAACUUCAGUGUUCUGGUUGGUGAGCAGCUAUUUAAUCCUAGGCUUACUGGCUUUUCAGCCCUCUUCAGACCCCUGUUCCUGUUCAGCCAAAGAACACUGAGUGCCUGUGCCCAUAGAGUAGUGGACCUAGGUGUGGUCAAGGGUAGAAGCUGACCGCAUGCCCUUUGGGCAGUCCUCAGGGCAGAAAACAAAUGGGCAAGUGACAUCUAGUGGAACUGCUAGGAAAAGCUCAAGUUUCUAUGUGGGUGCUGAGCAUCCACACUCAUUGCCACAGUGAAUCAGGCCUGAAGAAUGUCUGCAUAGGUUUAUAGCAGUCCUCACCCCCUACUCUCCCAUCACUUAGCCAUACUGGGGACUUCCUGGUUUUCUCUUUUUAUAAGAACUUCUAGUCUUACUAGGGACAUUGUCAGCCCUGUCCCCCUUUGAGAAGGCACACAAAAUGCCUAGGAUUUAGAGAGAAUGUACAUGAGCAAAUAUUGUGGAGAAUUCUAGGGUCCAGGGAGAUGGCUCAGUUGUUAAGUAAGAUACAUGCUAUACAAGCAUGAGGACAUGAGUUCAUGCAUACCAGCAUGAAUGUAAAACGUGGGUGUGGCAGCACAUGCUUGUAAUCAGCACUGCCAGACAAACAGGUCACUUGGAGCUCAUUAGCCAGGCAAAUUUCUCAGCUCAUUGAGUCCCAGGUGAACGUGAAAGAUCCUGUCUCAAAAAUAAGAUGAAGCUGGGUGUGCUAUAUGCAUGCCUUUAAUCCUAGUCCCUGGGAGGUAGAGACAGGCAGAUUUUUGUGAGUUCCAGGACAGCCAGGGCUAUGUAGAGGGAUCUUGUCUCAAGAAAUAAGACACCCACCAUCAAACUCGCCUCCACAUAUGUGUGUGGUCACAUACAUGGCGCACCAUGGACACACAUGCACACAGACACACUCCGAAGAGAAGUGCAGUGUCUAGGCCCUACAUAUCCUUCAGUGCUCCAGAGACUCUAGGGGAGAUAGAUCCAUGUUAGAAGAUAUUCACCAGAAGGCUGUGCAUACUGCCAGCCAAGAGUAAGCUUUCCCCCAGGCCCAACCUUUCAGAGUAGCAAGCAGCUUUGUGUACCCAGGCCAGAGUGGCUAGUUCCCAAAGGCCAUGCUCUAUGAUUAUACCUGUGAAAUCCUGCUUAGGUGGUAUCUUAGUAUAGGUUUGUACUACUAUGAUGAAACACCACAGCCAAAAGGAAAUUGGGGAGAAAAGGGUUUAUUUGGCUUACUGCAGGAAGUUAGGGCAAGAACCUGGAAGCAGGAACUGAUGCAGAAGCCAUGGAGGAGUUGCUUACUGGCUUGCUCAGCCUGCUUUCUUAUAGAAUCCAGGACCACCAACCUAGGGAUGGUUCUAUCCACAGUGGUCUGGGCCCCACAUCAAUCACUAAGAAAAUGCUCUACAGGCUUGCCUAGAGCCCAGUCUUACGGAGGCAUGUUCUCAGUUGGAGUUAUUUCCUAGAUGACUAGUCUGUGUCAAGUUGACAUAAAAUUAGUCUCCAUAGUCUAUGAGAGAUACCAGAUUAUAACUCAAAGAGAAGAAAGCAGGAGUGCCAUGCCCUGGCUGCUGGGAUGGGAACUGGACCCUACACCCAGAGAAUCUAGCCUGGCUGCCCUAUACCGGGCUGGCUGGCAGAGUGAGUAGCAAGACGUUCUUGUGAGUCCUGGCCCUAGAACACCUCUGGCUCUGGGCCAGCUACUGGUGUAGUAAGAAGACCCGCCACUGACAACCCAGAUCAUUGGGAAACUGGUGCUACCAGAGCUUGGGAGGUGUGAGACCAAGUCUGUGAGAGUGACAGGGUGGUUGGCAGCUAUGAAAUCCAGGAAAUACUGGCCUCUGAUUCCCCAGGGACAUGUUCUUGCCAGUCUUCAAGUUCCAAAGCUCCCACAUGGAUGCCUUGGCCCAAAUUAGGGGAGUGGCAGGCAGGAGAAAGUUGGAGACAUCAUUUGGAUAGCAUACAUACUCUGCUAUGCUAAUAAAUUCACAGGCGUCAGCCCAUGCCCUCUGGGAGUGAGGCAGCCUGGAGCCCUGACAGACCAAAUGAGGUAGGAUCUUGGGGUGGUUGUGGGCAGUUUAGUUUUGCUUUGGCAGAUGACAUUUUUCAGAGCUGGUACCCACAGGGAAGAAAAGCAGAACCUGUCACUUGAUACUUCUUUCCCCAUUUUGUUCAUGCUGCCCAGAGUAAACUUUUAGAUCUAGGUCAGUGUAGGAGCCUCCUCUCCUUGACCCCUGCUCAUUCAUGAGUCUCUGACUUUAGAAGUGGCAGUCAGGUGAAGGACAUGCCUUGGGCUGCCUAAGGCACCAGAUUCUUGAAAAAAAAAUUUUUUUUUUUUUUUACUCUAGCUUUAUUACUUUUUUAUGUGUAUGUGCUUGGAUGCAUGUACAGUGCAGUGUACAUGUGCAUACAUGCUUAAUACCCAGAAAGGCCAGAAGAGGGCAUCAGAUCCACUAGACUAAAGGUGAGCCACCAUGUGGAUGGAAGGAAUCAAACUCAGGUCCUCUGGAAGAACAGCAUGUAUGCUCUUCACCACUGAACCAUCUCUAUCCCCAUAGUAAAGUCUUGUAACCCUGCUUAUCUCUGCUGGUUCAAGAUGGCAAGGGUUGGGGGAGGCCCCAAAUCUGGGCUGCUUGCCUCUAUCUCUUCCAGGAACUAGAACAUUUUGGUGACAUGAGAAAUCAGAAGAGGGUCCCAGAUCUCAGCUCUUUUUCUGUUCCCUACCUUCAGAGGGCAGGAAAGGCAGCACCUGGAAGGUGACAAGACUGGGGAUAUCUAGGCUCAGUGUCCUGGGCAAAGCUGCAGAGUAGGAGGAGGCUAGGCUGUCCAAAGCUCUGUGUCCUUUUCAGAACAGGAACUUUCCCUAGGUGCCAUAAAACCUGUCUGUCCUCCCUGUUGAAUUUGCCUGUGGCCACAGCUCCACUCCUCCUAACCUGGUUGCUAGGAUUGAGUAUAGGACACUGUGUUAGUGGCAGGUGGGUACAGUACUAGGAGCUAGACCAUAGCGCCAAUCCAAGUGUAAAUGCAGGUCAGCCUUCAUGCAAGGGACUGAGACUAAGUCUGGACACGUCCUCAGCUAGUGCAUCCCUACCCCACCCUCCUGUCUUCCUGGUUCAGCCAGCCCAGCCCUGAAGAGAGUGUUGGCAACUGGAGCUGGGAAAAGAAUGGUAGAGCCAAGAACAACAGAGGCUCCGCUUGGGUGCUGUACAGAUCCUCUUCUGGCCUGUAGUAGCCCCUCCUUCUGCCUCAGCCCUUCCUAUUGUUAAUUCUUGGGCUCCUGUGCUAUCUUCCUUGCCCUACUUGCCUCCCUUUGCCAGACCCCAGGCUGGCCUUGCAGGUCACUUUAUCUUCUGCCUUUGGGUGGAACCUCCCUUUAACCUCAGGGUUCUCUGUCCUUUCCCAGUUCUCAGGGAAAUCCCUUCUGCAUCCAAAUGUUUCUGGGAGGUGUGUGGCUUCCUUCCUAGGUCCCUAACCCUGUCUGUCAGCUUUGGGGCUCUUCUGUCCUCCCUCCAUUCUGCUACAAUGACAAAGGCUGGGUCCCUGAGUCAGGGAGACAGUCAAAGGUACAAGAAUCCCUUUUUCAUGGAGGUCCCCAGUGAAAGGUAGGAUGCUGGAUCUAAGCUCUCUGUGCAGCAGAGUCCUCUUGGUGCAAGGGCUCAGGAGACACAAAUCCAACUCAACACAGCCAGCCUUUCUCUGGCUCAGAACAGCACUGCUACCUUCUGUAGAAGCAUCCAGCCCAAACUAGCUGGCUUUCACUUUGGAAGUGCAGGUCAGCAAACACUGACCCAGCAGAGACACUAAUACUGCUCUGAGUACCGACCUUGGCAGAGAAUCUUCGUGUUCCUGGUUAUGGGUGAGGGUGGGGAUUUUGUGACUUUUCUGCUCUCUGUGUUGGAGUCAGCCCUGAAGUCCUUCCAUGAAGGACUGGGUGGUUCCUUAUGCUCCAUAAAACCUCAGGAGAAGGGAUGUAGAAGGCAGAAGUGUCUCCUAUUCCAAGCCCCAUGGUGCAGCCAUCUAAGCACACACACUACCCUGCUUACACUUGUUCCUUGUUGCCAUCUCAGCCCAUCUCUGUUCCUCUGCUCUAAGCCUGAGAGCCACACAAUGGAACAAAGCCCCCGAAUGUUCCUUCACUCUUUGAGGUGGUGUGUUUCUUCCCCACUCUAUCCUCAGCUUCCCUAUGUUGCCUACAAACUCCUAAUGAGAGAGGGAUCCCCAAGAGGGGUAUGAUUGUGGGAAUGGGGUCACUUGGGGCAGAUUUGCAGCAGAUUUAGUUAUAAUUGAAAGGCCAGAGGCAACUGGAAAUUCCUUUCCUUAUUGAUCCUGGUGGGAAAUUAAAGCCAGUAGUUGGGCCUGGGGCUCUUAAUGGCUGCAGCUCCUCCUAUGGAACAGCUCUGGGACCCUAGCCUUUGACUCUUGUUAGAUGGAUACCCUAGCCUCCCUCCUAGUGCCUCCUAGGCCCCUUCAUCCCUGAGUGUCUUUUUUUCACCAGCUGGUCACAUACGCACCCCAUGCCUGCUAUUCCCCUGAAAUAAAAGAGCUGGUGGAGGUUGAAACCCCCAUCCCUAGCCAGUCCUCUCCUUUGGCAAAGUUGGGGUGCUUGGAGCUCUGGCUCUGAGCUGCCAAACCACAAACACAUCUGGAAAGAAUUCCCCGCCCAGUCCCACUUCCCUUUGUCUUCUGUCUCUGGAAAUCCUAGCCAGUUGCUAGAGGAGGGAGUGGGUGGGGGUGGGAUGAAGGGAAAGGAGAGGGCUAAGAGCUGCUACUCCCACCUGGGCAAACUACCUCCCAGCCCCCAGCCUCUGUGGGACCCUCCACCUGGCCUGUAUUCCUCUGAAUUGCCACCUCAGGCCUCUUUCCUAGGCUAGGUGCCAUCAUCCUGGUGACCAUCAAAAGGUCCUCAAAGCUGGAAAGAGUGAGGGGCUUUCCCUGCCCUUUUCUCUUAGAGGGAAAAUGCUACCCAAGUAGAAGAGUGGGCUCUUCUGCCUAUGGGCUCUGGGAGUCUGGAGAUGUGAAGUUGAACAUAAUGACCAGUAGACGAGGCAGGGAUACUGGAGGGGAGGGCAGCAGGCCCCUGUUUUCUGCCUUGUUCUGUCCUCAGGCCACUCCUCAUUUCUUGGGCUAGAAGCCAGAUUUCACUGUCAGAACCCGAAAUCAUUUUACUACAGGGAAGCUAAACUGGAGCUGGUAGGGCUGCAAGCUGUUCGUGCUUUCUUCCAGAAGCCUAUGCUUCCUAUACACACACCCUCACCCCCCAAAUGAGAGCUUCCCUUUAAAAUCUAGAGCCCUUGACCCAGGCCCGUGUGUCCCACUCCCUUCUGGGUGGUAGAGGCAGGAGGAUGUGUGUGUGUUGGGGGUGGGGGGAUUGUAUCCAGAAGCCCUCUGAGAAGCAACCUCCCUCCCUUAUACUCUCAAGUUUUCCACAUCCCAUUAUUAGGGAUGGCCUCUAUGCUUGCCUGAUUUUCAUGACGCUGUCUCGCCUUCGGUUGAGGUUAAUCCUCCAAGCCCUGUCCACAGCUCAAUUCGACCCUCACCAAAGUCUGCCAGGCCCAGUUCACCGGGUCAGGGCUGCCUGCUCCAACCUUGGCCACGCUGAAAAGGAGGGGCCAGACGGGGACCCUGUUUGAGAGCCUGUAGUUUGAGGGCUACAGGUUGGGGGUGAAAGCCGAAGCAAAGGAAACGGCGUUGUUUCUGGUUUGGGAUUACCCGCAUGCCUCGGAGGCCCCGCCUGUCCCUUCCGCUCCUGGUGUCUCGUCCUUUACGCUUGGGGUUUGGCCUACUUAAAAACCACCCUCGGGAAGACCCGGCCUGCCGCACUUUCAGCCCGGGAUGGGGACAUCUCAGACCCAGAACCACCCUCUCCAUACAGCCAACCUUCUCCCAACCCCUGUGGCAUCGGGGCACUCUGGAGGCUCAGCGUCCUCCCUCCUCCCCUUGUGGCCCAGAGAAGAGGAAGCUGAGCCACCCUUAAAGCGCCUUAAUAAAGAGUCAUGUCAAGUGAUUGGCUGUGACCUCUGUCCCCCUAGCCUCCAGCUUGAGGCUCCUGCUUAACCCUUCGUUGUCCGUUCAGUGUUUGGAGAGGAAUGAAUGAGUUGCCUUGUGUUCACUUCAGGAGUUUCCAGGCACUACUUGAACCCAGAGCUGAGUCAGGGGGUGGAGGACAGAGCCACACCUCCCAGUCAUUCAAAGGAAAGCUUGAAUUCUGAGCUGUUCCAUUGGAUACAGUUUAGGCUCUAGUGGGGUCCGAGUUCGACUGCGGGUUGCCAGGUCCCAGUUUCUGCUCGAGUGGGGUCUCCAGAUGUCUGGCGCCGAGCUGUCCAGAGCACCGAGGACCAGCAGGGACCUGGUAAAACGGGACCUGUGUUCGCCCUGCAGGCCGUGUGAGACCGGAGCAUCCGUGACCCAGGCCGAGCCGUGCUCUGUUCUUGCCGGAGGCGUUUUCUGACGCUUCCCGUCCACCUACUGAUGCGGGAGAAAGGUGGAAGGAUCAGUUCCGCAAAGGGGGCAGCGAGGUAUCUUUGGGCUAAAGAACUCAGCGCCCAGUGCUCCCGCUGAAGAUCUAAAGAAAGCCACUUUGCUGCCACCAUGCCUAACUUUUCUGGCAACUGGAAGAUCAUCCGAUCUGAAAACUUUGAGGAAUUGCUAAAAGCUCUGGGGGUGAAUGUGAUGCUGAGGAAGAUCGCAGUGGCUGCAGCAUCCAAGCCAGCUGUAGAAAUAAAGCAGGAGGGUGACACUUUCUACAUCAAAACUUCCACCACUGUGCGAACCACAGAGAUUAACUUCAAGAUUGGGGAGGAAUUUGAGGAGCAGACUGUGGAUGGGAGACCCUGUAAGAGUUUGGUAAAGUGGGAGAGCGAAAACAAAAUGGUGUGUGAGCAGAGACUUCUGAAGGGAGAGGGCCCCAAGACCUCCUGGACCAGAGAACUGACCAACGAUGGAGAGUUGAUCCUGGUGUGCUGGUACCUAUAAUCCCAGCACUCUGGGAGGCAGGCAGAUCUCUGUGAGUUCGAGACCAGCCUGGUCUACAAAGUGAGUCCAGGACAGCUAAGGCUACACAGAGAAACCCUGUCUUGAAAACAACAACAACAAAACCCACAAACAAACAAACGCCACAUUUCCCUGGCCCUGCCUGAGAAGAAAAGCCUAGGAAAGACUAGCCUGGGGCUGGAGAGAUGGCUCAGAGGUUAAGAACACUCACUGUUCUUCCAAAGGUCCUGAGUUCAAUUCCCAGCAACCACAUGGUGGCUCAAAACCAUCUAUAGUAAGAUGUGGUGUGAAUGCAGGAUGUUGUAUAAAUAAUAAAUAAAUCUUUAAAAAAAAAAAAAAAAAA